GGUAAUUCUAUUCACAUCCCUUAAAUUGCUAUUGACAUUCACUUAAUUAAUUAAAAAUAAAUAAAUUUAUUCAAAUGCCUAGAUUAUCCCUAGUAGCCUUGCUAAAUUAUUCUUCUCUUCGAUCACCUUCGGAGAUGUCUUUAACAUAAACUAAAUUGGCAUAGUGAUCAGAUAGAUUGAUGCCGAUGAAGCUCCCAAUAAAAUGUAAUUAGUUGUACUCCAAUCAAUAGUGCAGCAACCCGCGUCGCUAAUUGGAUGAUACGGUGGGCAAGGCUUAACCAGGAUGGGAGUUUGGGGGGCAGUUCGAGGGUAAUGGCGAUUUCCGGUUAGGCUGAUCACAUGAUUAGCGUCCCAGGCGGCUGUGCGGUCAGACAAUGGGCAGCCUCAGGCGGCUGGUGGAGGCGACGGACAGGGCCACUGACAUAGCAGGGAGCCGAUGAACAGCAAGGCGGAGUAAAACUCAAAGGGUGAAAACUAGAGAAUGAUUUUUUUAUAUUAAGAGGCCGUUUGGCGACCCUCAUUUUCGGCUUAUCGGGCUUAUCAGCCAACUUUUUUACCAAACACGUAAAUUUUACUUUCGCGCGCUGAAUUGUGUAAUAAGCCGAAAAAGUAAGGUUGGAGUUACUUUUCUGACUGUAUUGGCUGAAGUUACUGUAGAUGACCAUUUUAGCUAUUUUUACAUAUAAUUUUUUCUUUAUUUUAUUAAUAAAAUAUAUUUUAAAAAUAUUUUUUUCUUGUAUCGGCAGAAUCAGCUCACUUCAGCCAGAACUUCAUAAAUUUCAGCAGAAUCAACCAGAACAGCCGAUUUUCAUGCUGCCAAACGGGCUCUAAAUUCAUUAAAUCCACUUUACUAUGACACAAUUAUAUGAAGCAAUGUGCGACUCCAUUCAGGAAGUAGUAUUUUGUUUCCCAGACAUUAAAAAGACAUUUACUUCAAUUUUUAUACUUUGUAUUUGUUUCCUAAAUGUUCUUUUGAUGAGAAGAUGCUUGCAAAGCAGACUAAUAUAGUAAUAUGUUAAUCUUUGUGAGUUCUUGGAUGGUAGGUUAAUUGACUUAAUUCAUUGUUUCUGGUCCGAAUCGAAGCAAAUCUGGACGGACUUGACUUGCUCCAUCUUGAUAGCUUCGUGCCUUCGCCUCCCUCGUUCUUCCUAUUGGUUGGUAUGUAAAACAAGCUUGAUAGACAUGAGAAUUUAAAAGGGGUAAAAUAGAUACUCUAAGAGCCCAUUUGGUAGCACGAAAAUCGGCUGAUUUGGCUGAUUCUGCUGAAAUUUAUGAAGUUCUGGCUGGAGUGGCUGCAUUGGCUGAUUCUGCUGAUUUAAGAAAAAAAUAUUUUUAAAAUAUAUUUUAUUAAUAAAAUAAGAAAAAAUUAUAUGUAAAAAUAGUUAAAUGGUCAUCUAGAGUAACUUCAGCCAAUACAGUCAGAAAAGUAACUUCAACCUUACUUUUUCUGCUUAUUACAUAAUUCAGCGCGUGAAAACAAAAGUUACGUGUUUGAUGAAAAAGUUGGCUGAUAAGCUCGAUAAGCCGAAAAACGAUGUCACCAAAUGGCCUCUAAAUUGUUUUAUUUAUUUACUUAAAUUUGUGGCUGUAUUUAGAAAUUAUUAUGUGGCGGUAUAUAGAAUUAGGAAAUUGUGUGGUAAUUGGGCCGGACUUUGGAGUCUGGAUGCAAUAAAUGAAGAAGAGCCGGUUGGGCGUGAGUCUUUUCUGGCCCACUAAUACCUCCUUCCUUUCCCCGACUUCACACCUUUGAAUCGUUGAUGCGAGCAGCCUGACGAGAAAGGAAAACGGAACAAUACCCUGCCGGUACGGCCAUCGGAGGAGUGCUCUGCGGACCAAUGAGUGGGAAAGCCCGAAAUUUCCGCCGCCGUGGUGGAGAGGACGAAGACGAAGCUGAAACGUCUGCAGUUUCCGCGCCGAAUGGCAACUUGGCUAAGUCGCAAGCCAAACCUGUCGCCAGCUUCGGCAAGCCGAAAAAGUCUUCAACCUUAGCUCCGAAGAGCCUACUUAGCUUUGCGGAUGACGAAGAGUCCGAGGAUUCUCCUUUCAGUCGGCCUUCCAGAUCCUCCUCAUCAAGCUCUCGCCCCGUCAAGGCCUCCUCUUCUCACAAGCUGUCAACAGUGAAAGGAAGACAUCCUACUGCCCCUUCUCUCCCAUCCAAUGUGCAGCCCCAAGCUGGUACGUACACUAAAGAAGCUCUCCUUGAGCUCCAGAAGAAUACCAGAACCCUAGCUGGCUCCCGCCCUACUCAACCUAAACCCAAACCCGAGUCAGCCGAGCCUGUAAUUGUAUUGAAGGGGCUUGUUAAGCCAUCUAUUACUGUUGACCCGGUGUUGGAGAAAGAACAUGAUAGUGAAGAAGAUGAUGGGAUGGUUGAGAGACGGGGCCUCUCUCUGCGACAGGAUAGAGAUGAUACAUUGAACAGACUUGGUUCUAUGGGGUUGGAAAAGGGCUUGAUGGGAACUGAUGAUGUUGGGUCAGAGAUACCAGACCAGGCAAUGAUAGAUGCAAUAAGGGCAAAACGGGAGAGGCUCAGGCAAGCUAGAGCAGCUGCCCCAGACUACAUUGCAUUAGAUGGAGGGAGCAAUCAUGGGGAAGCAGAGGGUUUGAGUGACGAGGAGCCUGAGUUUCAAGGGAGAAUUGGGUUCCUUGGGGAGAAAGUUGAGCAGGGAAAGAGAGGAGUCUUUGAGGAUUUUGAGGUUAGGGGGUCAGAGAGGGUUGUUGCUGUUGAUUGCGUGUAUGAUGAGGAUGAAGAGGAUAAAAUGUGGGAAGAAGAGCAGGUGAGGAAGGCCCUGGGGAAGAGGAUGGAUGAUUGUUCUAGUAGAGGAGUUAGUGGUAGUGAUGGGGGUGUCAGUAAUAACCCUGUGGCUCCUAGUGUUCAGCAGACUAGGUAUGGACAUUCAGCUUCUGGAGCUAGUGUGUAUUCCUCAGGGCAGACUGUUGUUCCUCCUGUUGUUAGUUCUAGUAUUCCAGGAAGCCUCCCUGGAUCAGAUGCUCUCUCAAUUUCACAACAAGCCGAGCUUUCCAAGAAAUCAUUGCUUGCUAAUGUGUCUAGGCUUCAGGAAUCUCAUUGCCGCACUGUGAAAUCAUUGGCUAAGACUGAAGAAAAUUUGUCUUCAUCGUUGUCCAAUUUGACCUCAUUGGAAAGUUCUUUAUCUGCUGCUGGUGAAAAGUACAUCUUUAUGCAAAACCUUCGUGACUUUGUUUCUGUUAUAUGUUCAUUUUUGCAGGAGAAAGCUCCUUACAUAGAGGAACUAGAAGACCAGAUGCAGAAACUUCAUAAAGCACGGGCGGAUGCAAUUUUAGAUAGAAGAGCUUCCGAUAAUGAGGAUGAAAUGAGAGAACUAGAAAAUGCUAUUAAUGCAGCAAAGCAAAUUUUUGGUGAACGUGGUGGCAGUGCAGCCACAAUAGUUGUUGCAAAAGAAGCUGCACUCAAAGCAGCUACAGAGGCAAGAAGGCUAAGAGAUAUACCUGUAAAGCUAGAUGAAUUCGGUAGAGAUGUGAAUCAACAGAAACGGAUGGAUAUGACAAGAAGAGAAAAGGCUCGAGAGCGUAGGAGAGCUAAAUCUGAUGCUAAAAGAAUGUCUGCCAUUAGAAAUGACAAUUCCUAUCAGCGAGUGGAAGGAGAAUCAAGCACUGAUGAAAGUGACAGUGAGAGUACUGCCUACAAAUCAAACCGUGAUCAGUUGCUUCAGGUUGCUGAAGAGAUAUUUGGUGACACACAUGAUGAAUACUCUCAAUUAGCUGUAGUUGUUAAUAAGUUUGAGAGAUGGAAGAAACAGUAUUCUUCAAGCUACCGCGAUGCCUAUAUGUCUCUGAGCAUUCCUGCCAUUCUUUCACCCUAUGUUAGAUUAGAACUUUUGAAAUGGGACCCUCUGCAUGAAGAUGUAGACUUUAGGGAUAUGGAAUGGCAUUCAUUACUCUACAACUAUGGACUUCCUAACGUUGAUAGUGAUAUUAGAUCUGAUGAUGCUGACGCUGACACAAACCUCAUUCCUCAACUAGUGGAAAAGCUUGCAAUUCCUGUCCUUCACUAUCAUUUAGAAUACUGUUGGGACAUGCUUAGCACUCGUGAAACUGAAUAUGCUGUGUCUGCCAUGAAAUUGGUGUUUGGAUAUGUUCCCCUGACUAGUUCUGCUCUGGGCAAUUUGGUUGCUGUUUUGCGCAAUCGGCUUGCUGAUGCUGUGGCUAAUUUAGUGGUUCCCAAAUGGGACAAUCUUGUAAUGAAGGCUGUACCAAAUGCAGCUCGUGUUGCAGCAUAUGGGUUCGGCAUGUCUGUCCGUUUGAUAAGGAAUAUUUGCUUGUGGAAUAAUGUUCUUGCAAUUCCUAUCUUGGAGAAGCUUGCUCUUGAUGAGCUCUUAAGUGCAAAGGUUCUUCCCCAUCUUCGCAGCAUUAGAUCAGACAUUGAUGAUGCAAUUACAAGAACUGAAAGAAUUGUUGCUUCAUUGUAUGGUGUCUGGGCUGGUCCAAAUGUUAAUGGUGGUAAAAGCCCCAAAUUGCAACCACUGGUCGAUUAUUUGCUAAUACUGAGUAAAAUGCUGGAGAAGAAGCAUUUGGUGACUGGAGCUGAGCAGGAGACUGGAAAGCAUGCUCGUAGGCUGAAGAAGAUGCUUGUUGAACUUAAUGAGUAUGAUCAUGCGAGGGAAAUUUCAAGAACAUUUAAUAUCAAAGAGGCAUUAUGAUAUGCCCUUUCCCUACAGGUUCAAAUUUUCUUUACCUUUCUUUUCCAAAGAGGGCUCCACCUUGAAGAGUAGUGCAGUAAUUGAACAUUGAUUGAUGAGUUGGUGUAGUUGCUUCUAUCAUUGAUCUAAAACCCUUUAGUUUCCUUCUAGUCAUCAGUUUUAAAAAAACUAAAGCAGCUGAAAACCUGGAAAUGUGGUUAUCAGUUUUUGUGUUAACAAUUAGCGCGUUAAGUACAGAACUACAAAUAUGGUUAGUUUUGGGUUAGGGGGAAUUGGAGUUUGUACCCCACUUGGUUUGUCUAAAUUUGAGUUUGCACUCAAUUAUGGAAAUCGCUAGUAUUUGCACCCAUGCUUGUCACGGCGUCGCCUAGUCGUCGACUAGGCGUCCUGGCGAUGGAGAAGGGUCGACAGGGGAGAUUGACUCGCCGGAAGAAGGCUAGUCGCCUCUGGCGUCGUCCAGGCGUGAAUAUGUCGUCCAGGCGCAGUCUUGGCGUCACGCCAGGGGAGAUUUGAAAUCUCAAUAAAUUCGUUUUUUUAAGCCCAACCUAAAAGAACAAUCGUCGACUCUCAACCUCGAAGCUCAAUCGACGAUUCCUAAAGGCGGAGCAUCGCUCGUCGUUACUUUUCUGAUUUGUGCCUCUGUAGCAAGGUCGUCUGUAGGCGAUCUGUAGUUGAUGUGUUCCUGCGUCACUAGGUUGAAGACGACGUGCGCUCUUCCCAGCCUUUUAUUUUUAUCGGUCAUUCAUCUUAUCACGUUAGUCUUUAUCAGACUUCUUAUUCUAUUAUAUAUUGAUAUUAAACAUUAAUAUUAAUACUUCGUACCCACUCAGUAGCAUAUCCACUACAGUUUUACAUAGUUUAAUUUUAAUAUAAUAUAUGUAUAUUUUCGUACACACUAUACAACAUGCAUAGAUACAUACUACAAUAUAUAUUAGCAAUGAAUAUAACUUGUAUAUUAAUAAAUUAGAUAUAUAAUAAAUUAAUAAAUUGGGUAUAUUAAUAUUGAAAUUAAUAAUUUGCAUAUUAAUCAAUUAGGUAUACUAAUAUAUUAAUAAAUUAUUAGGCAAUAUACAAUUGCAUUCUUAAUAUAUCAUAUAUAACAUGUAAUUAAACUACAAAUUAAAUAGAAUGUUGUAUUGUUAUGUAUAAAAUAUAAUUAUGUAUAUUGUGCGACAAGUCGCCUAAUUGUCGCCUAGGCGGGCGCGUUGUCGCCUAGGCGAUAUGGCGGUCGGCUGGCGCCGCGACUCGCCUUACCGCCGUGACAAGUAUGUUUGCACCAUAAGUAUCUUGAUUUUCAUUCCUUUGUCACUCCCCAUGAUUAAAAAUGGGGUAUAAGUUUAAAUUAGUGGGGUGCAAAUUUUGAUUUGGUUUUUGUUUUUCCCCACAUAUCACGUAUAGUGGGGUAGGGGGGGGGUCGGAUGUACACAGUCUUACCCCUAUACUAAAACACAAAGAGACCGUUUUCGGAUCACCCAUAGUAACUUGGAAAAUCAUACAACCAAAAAAUUUAUAGGUUAAAAUUUUACAUGUUAAAUCAUACAACCAAAUAACAUCAAAACACACUAAUUUUAUCGGUUAAAUUUUUAAGUAUUUAUUCAGUGAUUAAGACAUUCAGCCCCAUUAUGGUUAUCAAAAAAUGCUCAUUCUAGUCCUCCAAGUACAGAGUAUUAUUUAAUCCAUUUAGGCUUUUGGCCUUCCCCUAUAAAACACCUCAUUUUAAUUAGAAUGCUUAAGAAAAACGUAUUGUUUUAUACAUAUUAAAGUUUUGUUUUGAAUAUAGGUUGGAAUUCUAUAAAAUGUUUAUAAAGAGUAUUUUAGAUAUUUCGUAGCAAAAGAAAAUAAAUUUUUUUAUGAGAAGGAAUUAAUGAUGGAAUAAAGCAAAAUGACUCACUAAACUGUCCGCGCUUCUUUGUUAUGAAGCAACAGUCAGUCCAUGCAAUUUUGGACGGGAUUUUCACUAUGGGUCAUCCGGAAACAGUCUCUCUGUGCUUUAGUACAGGGGUAAGACUGCGUACAUCUGACCCCUCCUUACCCCACCGUAGGUGGGAGCCUUUGCGGCACUGGGGUAAAUGAAAAUGAAAUGAUGAAAUUAAUGAUUUGUCGAAGUCCAGACAAACAAGAGUGAAAAGUUUAAAGUUCAUGAAUUAUUUGUAGAAUUUGACGAUUUAUGUUUAGGACAACUAAUGGAUAUAAAUUCUGAAAUUUGUUGUUAUAGGGACAAAUGAUUUGGCGGCUAUCCCUUGCCUGAUGUCUAAGGGCAGACAUAAUCACCAAUCAAGAGUUAGUCACAAGAGUCGGGCGGGUUAACCGGAAUCAAGAGGCUUACCCUUCUAGUGUUUUACUUUUCAAAAUUGAGGUGAUGCAGCAACAUAUUUUUGUUGGCUGUUGCCAUUGCUGUUAACUACGUCAUAUAGAAUAAUAUAUCAAAUCAACUCGUUUAGAAGUUUGAAGGAACUUUAGGAAGCUGCUAAAAAACUAUGCUGCCUAAGCUGGAUUAUUAUAGGCCAAAGGGAGAGCGUGGAAAAUGCCUAACAGGCCGUGUAGCCCUAAGUCCCUAACCCCUUUGGCGUGGAGAGUGGAAAAUACAUCUUGUUCAUAGUUAUCAAUAAUAUAGUAAUGUAAAAGAACUAUGUAGGUUUUGAUGUAUUGUAUACCCCACUUAUAUUCAAGUGCAAGCCCAUUUUUAAAUGUUUCAAUUAAGUAUUUUUAAUUGUACUCAAUUAAGUUGUUUAUAAUAAAAAAUCAAAUUUUGAGUGUUUUCAUAAUGGUAUCAUUUGCGAUUUUUUUGAAGGAUAACAGAAAAAUUCGAUUAGAAACUAUGCUGAGUAGACCUGAGAACUGGGCAGUUGGAUAGGAGCGGGAGCUUUACCGGGAUAAACCAAUCCCAGCUAUGGGUACCUUAAGCAAUUAAACCUAGGACAGGACUGGGAACUGGUAGGUCAUGGAAUGGUCCGCCCACCCCUACUUUUGUGCGGUAUCGACUUGUUAGUGACUACGUAGUAUUAUAUUGGUUUUCAAUUGUAUCUAAAAUACUCUGAAGACCUGUAGCGAGUAUUAUUUGAACUGUGUUAAUUUCAAGGAUUUCUCAAAUAUGAGUAAAGCAUGGCCAUUUAAAUAGAAGUAUCAACAUUCCAACUUCCAAGUGCUUAUACGUCAAAUAAAU